GGCUGUCAGAUGGAUUGAGCAGUGUGAUUGUGGAACUGCAUUAGACGAAAUGGGAUACCACUUGCUGACUUGUAAGAAGGGUGGUGGGCCUGUUUGGUCACACGAUUCGAUAGUAAGUGAAUGGGAUGACUGUUUGCGGCAGCUGCAGAUUCACCACAAAAAGGAACCGAGGGACAGAUACAAUGAUAGCAACAACAGACCGGACAUCGCUGUCUUUGAUGUUGGCUCUGGUGCCAAUGUGGAACUAGAUGUAGCCCUUUCACAUCCAUGGGCAUCGGACAUUGUGAGUCAGGCUGCUGAGAAAGACGGGGCAGCAGCAGCAAGAAGAGAGGACAGGAAGACAAAAAAAUACAGUGAGCUAAAGCUCGCUGGAAUGUCUUCAAUGAGAUUUGUUCCCCUCGUCAUGGAACACUUUGGUCGCUGGGGUGAAGAAGCCACAAAGUAUCUACAGGAACUAUCUCGCCGAUCAUGUGAUGAUGCUGGCAACAAUAACUGCAAUGAGUUUAUGUGCUUUUGGCGAAAGCGGUUUUCAAUAACACUACAGCGGUGCAAUGCAAAGACAAUAGCAAAAAAAAUUUCUAUUCUUACCUUUAAUAGUUGUAACACUGUAGAUGACUUUGUCACACAAUUUUACAUACAUUAGGUAUAGAUAGCAGUAUAGUUGUAGUGGCCGCAUAGAGCCUGCUUAAACUCACCUUCUCUUCAUUAGCCUGUAGUAGUGUUCAUGUUUGAAAUAUAUGAGGAUUGACAGACAGACAGACAGACAGACAGACAGACAGACAGACAGACACACAGACAGACAGACAGACAGACAGACAGACAGACACACACACACACACACACACACACACACACACAGACAGACCCCGGAUGAAUGGAAGCGGUGCUUGCAACCUACAGUUUCUGCAAAGUCGAAGUCAUUAACAGAAGAGGAGAGCUUAUUCAGGAUUCUUUUUUGC